UUGAAAGUUUACAUCGCACUUGUAUACUUCACGAUUGUUUUGUUCCCCAGCUUUUCACUCAAAUCUGACAUACACACACACACACACAUAUGUAUGCGUGUGUCUGCCCGUCUGUUGAAUGUGACUUGUUUUGGGCAGCCCAUCGUCCGAGGAAUUCCGUUGCUGGCGAAGAACGCGAUGAUAAUAUGCAUGUUGAUAUUUUGGAGGCUGAGCCCAUCAUGACCAGUAGAUACUCGGCCGUUGCUGGGGAAGAAAGCGAUGAUGAAGACGCUGAUGAUGAUAAUAAUUAUGCCCAUCGUCCGAGUCAUUCCUUUGCUGGCGAAGAACGCGGUGAUGAUGACGAAAAUGAUGAUAAUAUGGAUAUCGGAGAGCCGGAGGAAGCUGCACCAGGUACAGCUGGUUGGAGUCAAGUGGAUCCGCGAGAAAAAAAGAAGGACAGUAUUGAAGUCCAGCUUGAACCCAUCGUCCGAGUCAUUCCUUUGCUGGCGAAGAACGCGGUGAUGAUGACGAAAAUGAUGAUAAUAUGGAUAUCGGAGAGCCGGAGGAAGCUGCACCAGUUACAGCUGGUUGGAGUCAAGUGGAUCCGCGAGAAAAAAGAAGGACAAUAUUGA